CCGGCGGGUAAAGGGAUCGCCGAAAUGGCUGUCGCCAAACAGGUGGGCGCCACGUGUGAGACACCGACUUCAGAGCCCGGCUUCUCGUUGACUAGUUUUGAGUUCGAAGACGAUAUGGAGGAAAAUGAUUACAUCCAAAGACGAAUGUCUGACCCGAGCUCUAACCUCAAGCACUACGUGAGGGGUUGGCAACAGAAGCGCGAGAUUAAGAAAGCCAUCUCUGAACAGGAGAUCAACAACUGUUUGGUCAAUGGGAACGGAAUCAAUGAGAUCGAGGCCGGAGAUGUCAGGGAUGAGUUGGACGACUCGUACAACAGGAUGUGGUCAAUGCGUGGUUUCCGUCAGGCGUACCACUUCUGGAAGGAGAACAAGAGGGCCUCCUCUCCAGCCCUGCACUCCUUCAUAACGUAUGUAACGCUUCCGUGGCAUCACAUUAUCGCAGACCUCUUCUCUAAUAGACAA